AUGUCGGCUACCGAACCCAGCACCCACCAGUUCACCACCGCCGCCUCCACAGACCAGCUCCGCAAGAUUGGAGCAGGCCACUGCGGCUCCGUCUGGUCUUCCACGUCUCCCGAGUCCUCGCUCGUGAUCAAGCGGGAGGACGGGGGCGAGGGCCGGUCCAUCACACACGAGUACAAAAUGCACCGGGACGUCCUCCAGAGCCUUGAAAGCCCUCGUGUGGCCAGUACCAUCAAAGGUUCCCGCGUCAACAUGCCGAGAUGCGAAGGCUUCCUUGGCCAGGAGAAUGAAGCUGCCUGGUCUGCGAUUCUGCCCAGGCUCCCCAGAACCUUCACAUCCUGCAAUGCGCUCAUCAGCGAGAAGAUUCCACCGCUGCCUCGCCACGUGCGUAAAAUGCUCGCCCAGACGCUGGGCCUGGGAAAGAACCCGGACGACGUCGCCGACGACGCGAGCAACGCACAUUGUCUCGUCAGACCCUACCUCGGUCGUCGAAAGCACCGCCAUAACAGCAGCAUCGAUCAGACGGCCCCCAAGAGGUUGUUCAGCUUUUACAGCCUGAAAAACCUGCCACUCCACGCCAAUCAGAUGGAGGACCUCGGUCUCGACCUUGAAGGCUAUGCCCUGGCCAUGGCGGACGCCCUGGCCUUCCUGCAUUGGUCUGCCCGAGUCGACGCCAACGACGUCGAGUUCGUGCUGGCCCAGAGACGCCAACAGACCAAAGCUCGGAGUGCACCAAGCCUGGGGUCGACGGACUUCCACUCUGGUGAAUCCGUCCUUGGGCCGCACAGCAUGUGGGUUCUCGAUUUCGAUUGCUGCAGGAGGAUGACCAUGGACGAGGCAGGGAUCAAGCAGGCCUGCAAAAGCUUCUGGCGCAACGAUCCAUACUACCCACGCCCGGGAAGCGACAACCAAACCGAUCAGAGGCUUUGGGACGUCUUUCAGGAUCGAUUUCUUGAAAUCAGCAAGCGUCUGUUGGAGAGUGAGACUGAAUCUGUGAGACAGCUGCCACAACAGCUUAUCCAGUCGAUCAAACAAACAAUAGGGAAGUUUUCCAGAGGGACUGAUUUCUGGUGA